AUGGCACACCAAGCUACUAUCUCUGCACCGGUCAAUAUAGCAUGUAUCAACCACGAUCUUCGAUCUACUACCACUGCGCAAUGCGACCCUAUUUUCUCUCCGGGAGAUAAAUUGUGGUUGAAUGGGAAAGAAGAGGUGGUGAAAUUUGGAGGUAGGACUGCGACUUGUAUUGAGGUUUUGAGAGGUUGGAGGAGGGAUUUGGAAAAGGAUAAGGGGUUGGAACCUCUCUCAACAUACCCCCUUCGUGUCGCUUCUCAUAACAAUUUCCCCACAGCUGCCGGUCUUGCAUCCUCCGCCUCGGGUCUUGCAGCUCUCGUCUUCUCUCUCGCUACACUCUACUCUCUCCCUCAAUCCCUCGGCCAAUUAUCUCUCGUCGCUCGUCAAGGCUCAGGAUCAGCAUGUCGUUCUCUUUUCGGCGGCUACGUCGCCUGGCGCGAAGGUACUCAACCAGAUGGAUCUGACUCUAUCGCGGAAGAGAUAGCCCCUCGUGAUCAUUGGCCAGAAAUGUGCGCUCUCAUCUGCGUAGUAUCAGAUGCCAAAAAAGGUACUUCUUCAACAUCAGGUAUGCAACGUACUGUCGAAACUUCGACUUUACUCCAACAUCGCUUGACAAUCGUACCCGAAAGAAUGACAGCUAUUUCACAUGCUAUCAAAGAAAGAAACUUUGAUUCUUUCGCACAAAUCACAAUGACGGAUAGUAAUUCAUUUCAUGCUGUAUGUCUCGAUACUUCUCCUCCUAUCUUUUAUAUGAAUGACGUCUCACGAUCGAUCAUCGCCAUGGUCGAAGAACUCAAUCGGGUCUCUGGAGAGUUGGGUUAUGGUAGGAUAGCGGCUUAUACGUUUGACGCGGGACCUAAUGCGGUGAUUUAUGCUCUGGAAAAAUGGAUGGGAUUGGUGGAAAAGAGUGUGAGACGUUGGUUCCCUCAAGAAAAUAUUGUGGAGGUGGAAUUGGAACAAGAGGGGAAGAAGGUGUUGGAGAAGUUUGAUGAAAGAGUGAUGGCUUCUUGGGGAAAGGGUGCGGUGAAAAGUUUGAUCAAAACUAGAGUGGGAGAUGGUCCUAGAGUACUAGGGGAGAAAGAAAGUUUGUUGAAAGAUGGGCAGUUGAAGAAUUCGUGA